UCUUCUAACUUUCUUUUGGCCCGCACGAUAUCAACGAGAUCCCGUUUUAGCCAUGUAUCCGUCCUUGAAUAUAACGAAUUCGCUGCCUGGCCAGGGAUAUCUCGACGUCCUGGACCAAGUGUCUAGUGCCCAUCCUGAUCUCAAUACGUUAGAACGUUUCUGGGCAGCAUGGUAUGCUUUCAUGCAGAAUGAUGUCUACGCGACCGGGAUUAUGAGUUUUGUUCUUCACGAGGUGGUUUACUUUGGCCGAUGCUUGCCAUUCAUCAUUAUGGAUAAGAUUCCCCCCUUGAAGAAGUACAAGAUCCAAACUCAGAAGAUGCCAACACUUAGAGAGCAAUGGCAAUGCGCUAUGAUUGUCCUUGUCAGUCAUUUCACCGCAGAACUGCCCCAGAUUUGGUUUUUUCACCCGAUUGCGACCUGGUCUGGAAUGGAGUAUAACGCACCAUUUCCUCCAAUCUGGAAAAUGGUUAUCCAGAUCUGCGCUUGCUUUGUCAUGGAGGAUACGUGGCACUAUUGGAGCCAUCGCGCCCUCCAUUACGGGCCACUUUAUAAAAGCAUUCAUAAGAUGCAUCAUACAUAUUCUGCUCCCUUUGGCCUUGCCGCAGAAUAUGCAUCGCCUAUCGAGACUGCGGUCCUUGGCUUAGGCGUCAUUGGCUCACCGAUCGUUCUGCUAAUGAGAACUGGUGAUUUUCAUCUGUUCACAAUGUAUUUAUGGAUCAUUCUACGCCUAUUCCAAGCUAUCGAUGCGCAUAGCGGAUAUGACUUUCCUUGGAGCCUUCGCAACUUUUUACCUUUUUGGGCUGGUGCUGACCAUCAUGAUCUCCACCACGAAAAGUUCAUUGGAAACUAUGCGUCAAGCUUUCGCUGGUGGGAUUAUUUCUUGGGUACUGAAGCUGGAAGUGCCGCUGCUAGACGUCGCCGGGAGGCCCUGAUCUCCAAGACUCGAGCCUCCAAGCAGGAGUAAAUGCGUCUUAGUUGCAAAACUGUUGGCUAGAAACGGAAUUGACCAUAGGUCUGCAACAGACUCCUCGGUGGAGAGAAACAUGUAUUAUAGAUCAGAUAGUGAUCAUUGUUUCAA